AUGUACUUUUAGAUCCCGGAAGUGGCCUGGUGUUGCAUCCUGCUCAGUAGGGAGCUGGCGGGCCGUGGGAGCAGCUGUCAGGUGGAUGCGGGAGACGGUCGCUGGCUGAGCGUCACCGUUCUGUUAACAGGCAGCAGACGCACUUGUGGCUGCAGCACUUUCUGGAAAAAAUGGGAAACGCUGACUCGAAACUUCACUUUAGAAAGGCAGUGAUACAAUUGACCACCAAAACACAGCCCGUAGAGGCUUCAGACGAUGCGUUCUGGGACCAGUUCUGGGCAGACACCGCCAUUUCCAUCCAGGAUGCCUUUGCUUUGGUGCCUGCAGCGGAGAUCCGGGCUGUUAGAGAGGAAUCCCCGUCCAACCUGGCAACCCUCUGCUAUAAGGCGGUGGAGAAGCUGGUCCAGGGAGCCGACUCGGGCUGUCCUUCAGACAAAGAGAGGCAGAUCGUUCUGAACUGCACACGCCUGCUGACCCGUGUCCUGCCCUACAUCUUCGAGGACGCCGACUGGAGGGGCUUCUUCUGGUCGAACGUGCCCGGAGCUGGAAGAGCCGGGUGUUUGGACCCGGACGAUGACUCGGACGACGCGAGGCCCCUGGCAGAGUCGCUCCUGAUGGCCAUCGCUGACCUGCUCUUCUGUCCGGACUUCACGGUCCGAGGCCACAAGAAGGACGGCCCUGAGUCUACUGAGGACAUCCAGUCCAUGGACAGCUGUGAAUACAUCUGGGAGGCUGGAGUGGGCUUCGCUCAGUCCCCACCCCACAACUACCUCCAUGACCUCAACAGGGCGGAGCUGCUGAAGCUGCUGCUCACCUGUUUCUCAGAGGCCAUGUACCUGUCGCCCUCCACCUCAGACAGCAGGAACCCCUGGGUCUCCUUCUUCUGCUCCACAGACGACAGACACGCGCUGCCCCUGUUCACGUCGCUGCUCAACGUUGUGUGUGCCUACGACCCGGUGGGCUACGGCAUCCCCUACAACCACUUGCUGUUCUGGGACCAGCGGGAGCAGCUGGUGGAGCUGGCCGUGCAGAUCCUGGUGGUGACCUUGGAGCACGAGGUGGACCCAGCCGCCGCCACCGCUCUGGACCAACUAGAGACCCCCGGCUCCCCCUUCGCUCCCGACGACCACGAGCCUUCGGGACCCGAGAACCUCUUUGUGAAUUACUUAUCCAGGAUCCACAGAGAAGAGGACUUUGGCUUCAUCCUGAAGGGCAUUGCCAGGCUGCUGAACAACCCGCUGGCCCAGACCUACCUACCCCACUCCACCAAGAAGAUCCAAUUCCACCAGGAGCUCCUCACCCUCUUCUGGAAACUUUGUGACUUCAACAAGAAAUUCCUGUUCUUUGUGCUGAAAAGCAGUGAUGUUUUGGAUAUGCUGGUCCCCAUAUUGUUUUAUUUAAACGAUGCCAGGGCCGAUCAAUCUCGCCUGGGCCUCAUGCACAUCGGUGUGUUCAUUUUGCUGCUGCUGAGCGGAGAGAGGAACUUUGGGGUGCGGCUGAACAAGCCCUACCUGGUGCGCGUUCCCAUGGACAUCCCCGUGUUCACGGGCUCCCACGCCGACCUGCUCAUCGUGAUCUUCCACAAGAUCAUCACCAGUGGACACCAGCGCCUUCAGCCCCUGUACGACUGCCUGCUCACCAUCAUAGUGAAUGUUUCACCCUAUCUGAAGAGCCUGUCCAUGGUGGCGGCCAACAAACUGCUCCACCUUCUAGAGGCCUUCUCCACCCCCUGGUUCCUCUUCACCUCGGCACAAAACCACCACCUGGUCUUCUUCCUUCUGGAGGUCUUUAACAACAUCAUCCAGUACCAGUUUGACGGUAACUUCAACCUGGUGUACGCCGUCAUACGCAAGCGGAGCAUCUUCCACCAGCUGGCCAACCUGCCCACGGACACGGCGGCCAUCCAGAAAGCCCUGCAGCGAAUCAGGAAGAGCCCCCCGGCCGUCAGCCGCGCCGGCUCCACCGAGAGGGAGGCCAUGGAGGGCUCCAGGCCCGCCGCACCCGCCGAGCCCGGCACCCUGAAGGCCAGCCUGGAGGCAACCCCAGCCAUCGACAAGCUGACUGAGAAGUCCCAGGUGAGUGUGGACGGCACCAUGGUGACCCUGAAGAAUAGGAGCUCCACCCAGGCCGCCGCAGACACCAGCGCUGUUGCGGCAGCCAGCGACACAGAGUCCAACUCUGAGCACGACCACGAGGCUGUUCAGUCGGAGUCGGGGCGUAGUCGGUUGUCCAGCACGGCCUCUUCCUCCGCAGUGUGGAGGGCGACUCCAGACUGGGUGUUGUUGUGGAAAGCCAAGCUGCCUCUGCAGACCAUCAUGCGCCUGCUACAAGUACUGGUUCCCCAGGUGGAGAAGAUCUGCAUAGACAAGGGCCUGACCGACGAGUCUGAGAUCCUGAAGUUCCUCCAGCACGGGACGCUGGUGGGCCUGCUGCCGGUGCCCCACCCCAUCCUGAUCAGGAAGUACCAGGCCAACGCCAGCACCACCAUGUGGUUCCGCACCUACAUGUGGGGGGUCAUCUACCUCCGUAACGUGGAUCCCCCAGUCUGGUACGACACAGACGUGAGACUCUUUGAGAUUCAGAGGAUCUAGUGGAUCCAGAAGAGGUCAAGGUGAUCCAGAAGAUGGCAGAACUGUCCUCGUCAUCGGGUCAGGGAUGGCGUCGUGCCACUUCCGUACCGUCUUUUAACUGGACCAUCGACCGUGUACAAUUUAUUAUGUUUAUCUGAACAAAACAAGCAGCCACUUUUUUUUCUAUAGUCUAUUUCCAAACGGAGAUUUCCUACUAGAUGUCCCGGUAUCACAGAAAUAGAUCUAGAAACAUUUCGUUCAGUUUUUCCAAGAUGUGGUUCUUUAACCACAUCCGUCCAAAUCUCCAGCGGUAUUAAUAAUGUUGGUAAUUAUUAUUGAACCACACAGCGGGUUGAAACAUCUGAUCUUGUUAUGAAGAACGAAGAGCCUACUUGCUCAUUCAUAUUAAUUUGUCAUUUUUUGAAACCCUAUGUUGUUUGAACUGUUUAAAAUUCUACAUCCUUGGAUUUAUUAUCACUGACAAAAGAUGCCUGUAUUUUCACAAAGCCUUUUGUCAGAAAAUGACACUGGGCUAGGUGAAAUGAAAGGCAAAUUAGCACAAUGGAAUUGUAUGACAAUACAUCAAGGAACUCAUGUCUAGUGUUGUGUAUAUAUCAUGCGUAUUGUAGUCUGUCAUGUUAGCUAUGUUCGUAUCUUUUGGAUUACAGAAUGAUGUGAAUGCCCAUGAAUAAAUAUUUUAUAGAAUAAAUAUAUUAUUAUAAAUAGAAUAAAAUAACUUGAUGGGAGAUAUGACAAUAAAAAAUACUUAUUUCA